AUGUUCUCUCUGCGCAGUGUUGUGCUCAUUGCACUCGAUGUGGUGAAGGGGCCGUACCUGCACUGUCAUGCCCCACUGAACCCCUUUGUGCAGACUACACAUGCGGCUGCAGCACCUGCACACACCAACUACGAAUGUAGCAGCAAAGACGGCGACAAAGAAAAGGACAACGGGAGUUGCCAUAGUGCUUCAGACUGCAAGAGCAACACGAUACAUGGCAACAGUUGUAAAUGCGAUGCAUCGUCGUACACAGCAACCUCUGCCGAUAGGCUUGGGGGCUUUAGUGAUGUGUUUGUGCCAAGGUCGGAGUUCUGCCGUCGUGUCAUGUAUCUUAUGGAGGCAGAGGCUGGCCUCUUAUAUCUCUUCUACCCUGAGGAGAUUGCGGGGUUGCACUAUCAGCGCAAGACUCUGCGUUACACGUUGUGUUUUGUCUUUGGUGUAGACGUGGGGCUUGUCACGCCAAGCGUGAGUCUGACGGAAAGCCUUAUACAGCCGUACAGUGUUGUACUGACCGGCAUCAUGGAGGAGUUGCGCAAGGCAGAGCUGGCGUACGGUUACAUGUCCACGGGAUUUCUGCGUGCCUCGUCUCAUUCCACCUCCACUGGGCCACCACGUUGCGUGUCACACAAGACGGAAGCAACGACGACGAUGGAUGACUCCGAAGCUCAGAUUGCCCAUGUGGACGCCCCUGCCGCUAGUGGUAAUGGUAUUGGUGGUGGUGUGGGCAGCACCUCGGAAUCCGCAGCGAUGUUUUCUGCCCUGCAACCUUUUUCUCAUCCCGCUGAAUCUUUUGUUAGCGCGACGGGAGUUGCUGCUGCUUCUGCCACGCAGACCGCACCUUUGUCUGCGACGAGUGAUGAGUUGGCCCACCCAGCUGGCAAGUGCAUUACUCGAGUGAAUGUGUUUUUGACACCACUGCAGGACCCGGCACUGUUGCAGUGGACACCGUUGGAGGAGAUGAUCGCGACCCUCUACGCCUGUCUAAGCCGCGAGGAACGACAGCUGGCGCCGAGAAUAAAACGCCCCCCCAGAACCGUGGAGGCGCCGGAAGCAAAUGAAGACGGGCCGCAAUUGACGAAUACAAAAGAGAGGGAGAAAUUGCUUUUACCCUUGCAGGAGCGUACUGUCUCCGUGCGACUCUCGCAGGCCCAUUCGUAUCACGUUCGUCGUGUGACUCAACCGUAUGUGUUGCAGCAUCAUACACUUGAUGAGGUGCCUAUUCCCAUUAGGAGCUACACGGCGGAGGUGUUUGAGUGGGUAGACUUGACUAUUCAAGAUGUCUUCAAGGCGGUAGAUGGGCACCGCACCAUUGCCAACAUUGUGCAAAUUCUCGCCGCAGGACAUGAGUCAUUUGAGGAGGAGGAGCGGAGGGAAUCUCGUAUGCUGUCGCCGCUGAGCAGCCCGUACCAGGCAGUGUUACCCUCACACGCGAUGACGUGGACACGAUUGCCUUGUGCCAAAACUGCGGCAGGGGGUGUCGCCUCGAGUUCGUGUUUGCGUGGUUCAAACACCGUGCCGCCGUCUGCGGCAGCUGCCCACUUAUCCUCCCAUGGUGCCGACACGCGGGUGCUCUCUCCACUAUCUUGUGGGUCACGCCCCUGCAUGAGUCCCUUUCUGAUGCCGUCAACGGGACAAAUCCCACCGACCUCGUUUCGUGUAGCCCACGAACGAGCUGCGGAUGAUACGGUGACAAACAGCCAUGACUCGGGGCAGGUUUGGUCGGCUGAGUUGGAGCUUAUUGUACUGGAAGCGUUGCAGCAUCUUGAGGUGUGCAACUACGUGCGGAUCGUGCGUCCGUGUCAACUCGAGAGCACAUACAAUACAACAAGAGCCUUUUCGCUGGUGAUGAGCAAUCGACAACAUACCUCACGCCGCAUCAUUGGUCAACGCAUGCUGCUCGUGGAGGAAGAGUUUUAUCGUCUUCGAAAAAGGCAACAGGCUGCACAGCACGAUAGACAGCAAGUGCAUCCAAGGCGAUUGCAAGAGUCAAAGGAUGGAGUGAUUACCGGAUUUAGUGACUCUCCCAAUGAUGUUUACAUCUUGAGAUUGCCGGCAGUAUUAUUGGCCAAAGCCUCAGUUGACUGGCAAGAUAAAAAGAAGGACGAGGCCAUAAAAGGCGAGAAUGAAAAACGAGAGCUACAGCCACAAGAAGCAGAGGCAGAGCGACAUGUGGAGAAGGAUGUUAUGCUGGAUUCCCUUGCAAUUGUAGAACAAACAGCGCAUUCUUUGCCUCUUUUGGGGGCGAUGCCCACGUCAAAUGAUGUGGUAAACGAGCCAGUGAGUGAGUUAGAAGAGGCCGCAGCCAGUGGCACAGUAUAUAGUGAGUCAGAUAUAAAUGCUGCAGCUGCAGCAUCGCUCUGUGCCCUCGGUAAAUUCACGAAUAACACGGUGGGUAAUGUCCAGUGGGAGAUGCGCUGCAUUCCUGGGUGGUCUACCGCCUUUGCGGGCUGGGAAGAGAUGUGCUGUAAGGCACUGGUGGAGAUUGCGUUGCUCAAUGACUGGCUGGUGGAGGUCGGGGGGAGGCCAGCAUCUUGCUUUUAA